GUUUUUACUUAAUUUUUUUUAUUUAUUUCCAAUAUUUUGUUUUGUUAUCUUUUAAUAUCUAUUCCCAAAGUAGUGCUUCACAAAUGAAUUGGCAGUUAAAUAUUUUUUAGUUUUUCUAUUCAAUCUUAUAAUUUGCCCAUAAAAUUGUAUAAAUAGUGCCUUUGAACAUCAAGAAUGGAAGAAACACCGGUGGAUUUUAUAAGAAAAUCAACGAGAAAUUUACUUAACCUGAAUCGAAGAAUACAACGGCAAGAAGACAAAGAUGUACACCGUUCGGUCGACAGUGUAAGCUUAACUACAGAGCAAAUUAAGGAUAUUGCAAAUCGUUUAAAGUCAAAGUCUUUAGUCACUACAGCUGAAUUACACAAAUUGAAAAAUGCUCUUAUUGAUGACAAAAAGAACAUUACAGAAGUACUAAGCACACAGGAUUCUUUAAGAGGUCUAGUAAGAGAAUUAUCAGGUAAUGAUGUGAAAAGACAAUGUGCUGCUGCAGGUUGCUGCUGCAAUCUUGCACUCGGUGACUACAGAGGAUGCAUAGCAGUUACAAGGGCAGCUGGAUCUUACCUCGUAGCUGCACUUGACAGUCUCACAAUGGAACUAGCUGUAACUUCGGCAUGGACUAUUGGCAACUUGGCGGGCUCAGGUAUUAGGCCGUGCCAAAUGUUAAGAGCACAAGGCGGUCUAACUAAACUAAUUGGGAUGCUGCAUGGGAAUGAAGAUGUUAGAGAUGCAGCACUGUACGCACUAGUGCAUUUUUGUUAUAGCUUUAAAGAUAAUUUGAGGGUGCAACAUAUAAUAAUGAUGGUAGAAGCAUUACUAAACCUGGAAAUUACUGUGGCUUCAGCACAUCUGCUCUUCGUGCUGUCAUGCCAUACAUACUUCGACGACAAAACCCUACCUCACCCUCUGGUAAACAAAAUGGCUGAAGAAUCCGUAACUAUUAUCAAAUGUAGAGAACAAAAUACAGAGAACCAACACACGUUGGUGUAUUUAAUAAGAUCAUUAGCAAAUACUGCUAGUGUUGACUAUAAAAGCAAUAUCAUAGACUAUUUUACCGAUGUUGAUGAUUAUUUACAGAAAUUAUUAAGUGUAGGUGAUAAAUUUGUUACAGAUUCAUUGUUAUGGUUGUUAUGUGUGUUAAAAAGUAACAGUUGAUAGCUUUACAUUGAAUUGUUGUUAACAUAAAUUUAUUAAAUGUUU